UGUUCCUUUGCUGACCUUUCACUCGAACCCCUUCGCAAACCUUUGUUAUCCCACGUGGGUUGUCCGUCCUCUGUUCUCAGCCAGACUCAGCUUUAAGUUCCGUCCUACUCGCGGACACACCUUAAUAUCCCUCCGCUAACGGAGGCUAUCCGGCAGAGAAUAUGUCCACGACGACAGGAGCGUUCAUUGCAGGAGGAAUCGCAGCAUGCGGAGCUGUCACGGUGACACACAGUUUUGAAACUGUUAAGAUCCGGUUACAACUACAGGGAGAAUUACAAGCGAAGUCUGAAGCGGUGAAGAAAUAUAAGGGCGUUUUUCACGGUGUCAAGGUCAUCUUACAGAAUGAGGGUCCUCGUGGAUUAUUCCGAGGCAUAGGCUCCGCUUAUAUCUAUCAAGUGCUGCUCAAUGGCUGCCGUCUAGGCUUUUACGAACCCCUGCGCAAGGGCCUCACGACGUCGAUCUAUCAAGACCCUCAGGUUCAGUCGCUCGGCAUCAAUGUCUUUGCUGGCGCUACCUCAGGUAUCAUAGGUGCUGCGGCAGGCUCUCCUUUCUUCCUAGUCAAAACUCGUCUGCAGUCGUUCUCCCCGUUCCUCCCAGUCGGUACGCAACACAACUACCGCAACUCGUUCGAUGGUCUACGAAAGAUCUACACUUCUGAGGGCAUAGGAGGGCUAUACCGAGGUGUUGGUGCAGCCAUGGUUCGCACAGGCUUUGGUAGCUCUGUCCAGCUGCCCACCUACUUCUUUGCCAAGCGUCGCCUGGUAAAGCAUCUGGGCAUGGAAGAUGGCCCGGCUCUUCACCUUGCCAGUAGCACGGCUUCCGGAUUUGUCGUAUGCUGCGUCAUGCAUCCUCCUGAUACCAUUAUGUCCAGAAUGUAUAAUCAGACCGGUAACCUCUACAAGAGCGCAUUUGACUGCCUGUUUCAGACGAUUCGUAAAGAGGGUUUGCUCGCCAUCUAUAAAGGCUAUUUCGCUCAUUUGGCCCGUAUCUUACCUCAUACCAUCUUGACGCUCAGCUUGGCUGAACAGACUAACAAGCUCAUGCGCAGAGUUGAAGACCGAUUUCUUUCUGACUCGAUGAAGGCACGGCUGUAAUAGGUUCACAUAUCAGUCAAGGCCACAUAAUACGACGGUUGUGGUUGUUCUUUUCUUUUAGAUAUUGGAGUGAUGUGACCUCAUCUGCAAGUAUCAGCUCCCUAGGGUAUGUAUAUAGAAGGCGUUGACACGUGGUUUCUCAAGUCAUAUUACCGUUUAGAUUCUGUAUAUAUAUGAUCCAAAUAAAACGUUUAGAUGGUA